AUGGUGGUGAGCCACUUCCUCAUCAUUGCACUCUGCAUAGCAGUGGUGAUGUUUGGGCUUAUGGGCAUCUUCCAGUCCGUCGGUAGUCUGUGUCACCGCUUGCGACAAGGAGGUCCAACUCUGGGUGAGCAGUGUGUUCACCUUCUCUCCGCAGUGCCACCUCCUCUAGAACGAAAAUUCGGGCCGCCUCUAUCCAGAGUCUUCUCAGUAAUCGAUAGAACGUCUUCUCCUUCCCCUACUCCUCCCAAUGUGCCCAUCGAUGGCGUCAAGAUCGUGGAGACCGCGACGCUCGUUGGCGACGGCGGGAUUAGUAACGCACAACAAUUUGUGCUGUUUUCUAACUCCCUUCAGCGACCAGAAGCCACUUUUGUUCUUUCAACUGAGCGUUCACCUCGGUUUUGUACCGACAAUUCGGAACCAGCCGGGGUAUAA